AAUUUUUAAUACUGAACAUACUGCGCGAAUCUUUGUUUACAACUCGAAUAAUGGACGUGCCCUUAUCGGAGUUCAACUCCCUAGACUUGGAGCGAGAACUGUAUGCCCGGGUUCUGAGUACCGAUGGCUCGAAACAGGAGCGCUUCGGGCGCCUGCUGGCAGCGCGGCAGGCAGAGGCACAGGCGCCCAAUCCACGCCCACCAAGAAGGGCUUCCAUCUCAAAGUUUGGCGCCCGCGUACAACUGGACGACUUUGCUGAAAUUCAAAUGUACAAUCAGGCCGAGUUUGAUUUGUUAUCUGGCAAAGUGCGCUGGAGACUAGAGCGUGUUCGCCGGACAGAGGAUGGCGAGGGAUUGGAGUACUUUCAUCCGGAUGUGCUUAGCCGUAUUGAGCGCACCCACACAUACAUGCUUAAUAUGGAUGAAUUCCUGGUGCGACAAGAGCCGUACAUACAUAAGAUCUUUGUCAUUUUCGCAUCGCGCACCAAUGGCCAGGGACAAGGUCUUUGCUAUGCCAGAAGUUUGGCAAAACUACGCAGCUGGGAUGAAAACACGGAGGAAUUCGAAUGGCCACUUAUCACAACUGAAAAUAUUGCCAGCGUGCAUUUGGAGGACAAUGGGGUGCUCCAGACAACCCUUAUGUCGACUGAAAAUAUAGCCAAAGCCUUGAGCUACAUAUUGACGGCAAUAAAGGAUAAGGGACUGGAGAACUAUGUUGCCAUUGCCUGUGACCCGCACAGGCUCGACUUGCCAGCUGUAACAAUGCUGGUGGAGGCCAGUGGCCAUGUGAUGCUCCCCUGUGUUUAUGAUAUUUCCGAUCUGCAAAAAACAUUGCAGAACAUGUUUUGUUUGGCCUGUGUACGCUGCUCAAUGCGUGUGGAAAACGAGCUAUAUAUUGAGAAUACCUGCGCAGAGCAGCUGAGCAGGAUCUGCAAUGGCAACAGUACAAGGAACAUGAAUGCAGUUGUGCUGCUAACGGACUAUGCAAACCGACUGCCGCAGAUCUUGCACGCUAUGUGGCAGUUCGAGGAGCACCGAGACAAGCCCAUCUCCUUGAUUGGGCUGAACAACAAAAUGCUAAAAAUAUAUGGCUCGCACGUUAAAAGAGAGCUGCCGCCAAUUACGUUCGAGGACUGUGCGGCUGGGUCAGGCCUUUUGCAAUUGAUCGUCUUUGAUGCCUUGUGGUGCAUUACCCCGGAGCGUGAACCAGAAGAGAUCAAUCUACAACCCUUGCUUUAUCAAACGGUCAGGCAGGAGUGAAAAGUACUUACAAUAAAUAUGGGAUAGGAUAAAUGCUGUGAGUAUAUUGUGAUUAAUUUUUUGCCGAUAUGAAAAUAGAAAAUUAA